AUGGCCGACGUCCCGCAGAUCGUCAAAAUCGGGAUUUCCCUGAAGAUGCUUCCCAACAACACCGCGGUGUUCUUCAAGUCCGACGGAGCCCGGUUCGGACAGACCCGGACCAUCAAGCUGCUGACCGGGUCCAAGUACAGGAUCGAGGUGGUCGUGAAGCCCGGAGCCGUCGAGGCCACGUCGAUGAGCCUGGGGGGGGUGACCUUCCCCCUGGAGCAGCAGUCCAAAGACCCCCAGUCGGUGGUCUACAGCGGCCGGUACGACACCGAGGGCGUGACACACACCAAGAGUGGAGAGAGGCAGCCGGUGCAGAUCAACAUCCAGUUCGCGGCGGCGGGCGAGUUCGAGACCGUGUGGCAGGUGAAGUACUACAACUACAACAAGAGGGACCACUGCCAGUGGGGGAACAGCUUCAACAGCAUCGAGUACGAGUGCAAACCCAACGACACACGCACGCUCAUGUGGGUGAACAAGGAGACGUUUAUCUGA